AUGGAACCCAAGACUCGGAGGAAGCGCCCGCUUUUUCAGACCCCUCCCGUAUUUCGAGAAGAUGGCCGCCUAGUGAUUAAGCGUGUCUUGGUUGCCAACCGAGGGGAAAUUGCGUGCAGGAUAAUCAGAACUUGCAAGCAGCAGAUGAUCACGGCUGUGGCUGUCUACGCCGACGAAGAUAAAAAUUCAUUGCAUGUCACGUUGGCAGACGAGGCGAUCUGUCUUGGUCCUGCGGAUCAGCAGCCGUAUCAAAAUAUCGAACGGCUAGUCCAAGUGGCCAAGUCCACCGGUAUAGACGCGAUCCAUCCCGGGUAUGGCUACCUUUCCGAGAACGCCGACUUUGCGCAUGCGGUGACCACCGCUGGUAUCAUUUUCAUUGGCCCUAGCCCCGACUCGAUUUUGAAGCUUGGUGAUAAGAGAGUCGCGAAAGAACACUUGGCAGAACAUUCAUCUGUACCCCUCAUCCCUGGAUAUGCCGGGGCGAAUCAGGACCCCGCUUAUCUCGAGGCCGAGGCCGACAAGAUAGGGUACCCCGUCCUUAUUAAAGCGAGUGCAGGGGGUGGAGGGAAGGGAAUGCGUGUAGUUCGAAAGAAGUCAGAGUUCCCAGAGGCUUUUCUCAGAUGUUCAUCAGAAGCGGGGAGGUCGUUUGGAUCGAGCUACUGUUUGAUUGAAAAGUACAUCGAGAGCGGGAAGCAUGUUGAGAUCCAGGUUAUUGGCGAUGGAGAAAAGUUCGUUAGCCUUCUGGACCGCGAGUGCUCUAUCCAAAGGAGACACCAGAAGGUGGUGGAAGAGUCCCCAAGCCCUUGGCUGUCGCCUAAGAUGCGCCAGGAUAUGUCGGAUGUCGCCGUAGAGAUUGCUUCAUUGCUGAAAUACGUUUCUGCUGGGACAGUUGAGUUUAUCGUUGACACCCAGCAAGAGGCCUUUUACUUCCUCGAGGUUAAUACCCGCCUUCAAGUCGAGCACCCAAUCACUGAAGAAGUCACGGGCGUCGAUAUUGUUGCCUUGCAGCUCUACAUUGCCGCCGGCGGAAAGCUAGAGUCACUCCCCGAGCUUAGCAAGAUACAUCAACAAGGCCAUGCCAUCGAGGUUCGACUCUGCGCCGAAAACCCAUUCAACAAUUUUCUUCCGUGCGUCGGUAUAGUAACGACGUUUAAGCCGGCUUCUGAGGUUCUGGGAGUGCAGAUCCCGGACGUUCGCUAUGAAGCCGGGGUUACUUCCGGUUCCAGCAUCUCAGUGCACUUUGAUUCCAUGAUUUCCAAGAUCGUUGUCUGGGCCUCGGACAGAACUUCGGCUAUCCAGAAACUCAACUACGUCCUCAAGAAUACUGUGUGUUUAGGCGUCACUACGAACCAACUCUUCCUUCAGCGCGUCUUGGCACAUCCCAAUUUCCAGCAGCCCGGCUACACGACGGCAUUUGUUGAAGCUUACGAGGGUGACCUUCUCCGGCCCGUCAAUGUCGACUACCUCAGAGGUCCGAUGAUGAUGGCGGCAGUCCUAUAUAACCGCCAACUUGGCAGUGCGAAGAAGACCGCGGGUUCCAAGGUCUUCCGCAGCAUUCCCGCGGGGUUCCGAAACCAGCCUAAAGAUGGAAGGACCGGUGCUCUUGAGUUUGUUGCAUGCCAACUACAGCUCCUAGGUCAUACUGUCGCACAGGAACUCGCCGUUACUCGGGUUGGAACCGACGAGUUCGAGAUCUCACCUUUGCCAACGGACUUCACACUCACAGCUGCCCAGAAACGGGUGUUGUUCAAUAAGCGCGGUGGUGUCUUGACGAGACGCUUUUAUAAUGCAGCGGCGGCCGAAGUCUCUUCUAGAUUCAAGGCUUGGUUAUUACAAUCCGGCACGAGGAACACGUUUUCCCCUGGAUGCGGUAGUGAAUUCCACAUCCAACUGGACGAUGAGAGACAUAAAUUUUACGGCUCCGUGCUGAGUGUCAGUGACUACAGACGAGAGAUAUCCAUUUUCUCACCUAAUCUUGGGCUCAGUGCUAAUUACAUUCUCUCUGAUGCGUUGAGCUGGGCUGGAAUGUUUGAGCAAGCGAAACAGGAAGGCAUCGGGUCUUCGGAUGUGCAACGCAAACACCUCUCACCUAUGCCCUGCCAUAUUCUUCAAGUCCUGGCUAAGGAUGGAAGCACAGUAAAGAGAGGUGACGGUCUCCUCGUCAUCGAGAGUAUGAAGACGGAGAUCCGGAUCAAUGCAGAGGCAGCUGGUGUCGUUCGCAUGCAAGUGGAACAAGGGGCAAAGAUCAGCGAGGGAGUGGUAAUGUGUGAGGUCCUAGUACCCGAUGAAGAGGGAGCGGAGGGGUCGGGAAGUGGGGAAUAA